UUGUAUAGUCUCUUAAUACGACUGCUGAUAAGACCAUAAAUGAUACAUGCCCUCAGUUAAUUCUUUGCCAUUCUCUGAGCCUUCAACAACGACGCCGCAGAAGAAGACGCGCUUCGUAUGGCUCGGGCUGACAGUAGGAGUAAGAUCUCGAGGUCUGGUUUCGUCGCCAGUGGCUAGAGGUAUUUGCUUUCGGGGUGAGCUGGCGAGGGCCAUUCGUUGAAGAGGAAAGUUAUGCAAAAGGUCGGAGCAGUGUUAGUAAUGUUUUUGGACGCAAAACAUUCAAGUUUGAGCAACUGGAGACGAAAUGAAACCUAUUCUAAGUGAGAGUUCAAAAUCAACCGACGCGAUAACGUGACUUUGAUAGUUACUUACGUCACGUAACCGCCGCUUUGACACACCUGAGCAUUCUUCUCUCUCUACAUCCAUUUCGGGACACGCCCUUGAACUGUUUGCACUAUCUUCUAAUCGCCGUAAAUAAUGAACAAUUAUUCGCAAAAUGCCAGAAACAUAGAUAGCAGCAGCUACUGCUUUACUUGUUCUGGCGUUGUGACCCCUCUUAAACCUCGUAUCCGACCUGUUGUGCCAUCAUCCGCUAUGUCUCCAGUUGAACUCUUGCCCUCACGGGCCUCUACGAUACCAACUAUUUCUGAUCGAUCGUUGAACCUCUACAACAAGUUUCCGGAUAUCUCGUCUGACCUAACGUUUUCGACGCUCUCCUUUGCAUCGCCUACGAUGAAAGCUCUACUUUCAAAUCAGGACAGCGAUCUACACAUUGGUUCUACAUGCUCUCUCAGUGAAGCAUUCGAUACUCCACCUCUUCGGACACCUUUUCACCCUAGUUCACCUUCAUCGCCAAAUGCUCCUGUCCGCAUCGACUGGUCGGCUUUUCCUGUUUUUGAUGCUACAGUAGGACCCACCAUAAGCGAUUCCUCCUCAAACCGUCCCUUGUUCUGCAAAUCACGGCCAAUGUUGCCCCGUGGUGGUUUAUUUGACUCAUCGGCGGAUGAAUCUACCGAGCUAUCACCAUGCAUACCGAGCAGGAAAGCUGUCAGACUGCGUCGUUCCAGUACAUAUCGCCCUUUGAAUAUGGUCAAGAGUCCCAGUCACAAAUUAUCUUCUAUCCAGGAGACUUCAACCUCGUCACAAUGGCAAACGGAAGAGAUUUCUCGACGAGUCCAAUCUUCAAGCCAAUCUUCACGACUACUUGCGCUUUGCUCAAACAAAUUGCAUAAGCAAUCUACCGUUUCUCUUGUCGUGGACGACGACUAUGAUAGCAAUGGUAGACGAUCCAAACCCAGCCGACCGCCAUUGGUUGCAGGUUUCCUUCAAAGCUUACCUCCAUUCAGACUUUCUGACACACCUGCAUCAACGUCGCCUAUUUCGACUUCUCCAGUAACUCCUUCACGAUGUGCCACACCGCUCAGGUCUCCGUUCCUUAUCAGAAAGAGGGACGAACCUAGAGUGGCCUGAAGUGGAGGACUGAUUCUAGCGAAUAUUCUUCCGGCACACCUGUUUGAAUUGCAUG